AGCAGUAAGUGAAAAGACAAGUUGCAGAAUCAAUUAAGAGUGAGCCGCACGCUGUUUCAGACUGUGGUCAUUACAAUAGGGGAUCGUUAUGAUGUCAUAGGGAACACAGCUCAUUGUCAACCUGCCUAUAAAACCAGUGUCAAUAACUCGCAGACGACAUUCAGGCAAAGAGAAACAAACCAUGAAGUUUGUACAGAAUUUUUCGAUUGCUACUUCACUAUAUGCUAUUAUUAUUGUUGUUCAAUAUGCAGAGUUUACAUCAGCUGCGUACAAGAGAAUAUGUUACUAUACCAACUGGUCUCAGUACCGCCAAAGCCCAGCAAAGUUCUUUCCAGAGAACAUUGAUCCCGACAUUUGUACGCACAUUGUGUACUCAUUCGCCAACAUGAACAAUGCUCACGAGCUCGUUCCUUAUGAAUGGAAUGACGAUGAUACAGAUUGGUCACAAGGAAUGUAUUCCAGGGUUAAUGAACGGAAGUCAAUGAACAACGAUCUGAAGGUUAUCUUAGCUGUCGGGGGAUGGACUUUUGGCGUUCAAAAGUUUUCAUCGAUGGUGUCAACGCAAGCUAGCCGAGCACAUUUCAUUUCCACAUCCAUAACAUUCCUGCGAGAAAGAGGUUUUGAUGGACUUGAUCUAGAUUGGGAGUACCCAGCAGAUAGAGGAAGUCCAGCAGUUGACAAAAGACGAUUCACACUUCUUGUAAAGGAACUCCGCCAAGCAUUUGAUGAAGAAUAUGCCCGGAAUACCAACGGUGACGAAAAACUAAUACUUUCAGCCGCUGUAGCAGCUGGAGAGUAUACCGCUGUUAAAGGUUACGAAAUGGCAGAAAUUGCAGAGCACCUCGAUUGGAUUGGACUAAUGUCGUAUGAUCUCCAUGGUUCUUGGGAUCCAAUAACUGGUCACCAUAGCGCACUCAAGGCACCCGCAGAUCAGGCUCAAACUCUAACUGUGUCCCAUGCUGCUGAUCUUUGGUCGACUGGUGGCGUUCCAGGUAACAAAUUAAUGAUUGGUAUUGGUACAUAUGGACGAAGCUUCACGUUGUCCACAUCAUCACAUGGCAUUGGAGCACCAGUGUUAGGGGGAGGUACUGCUGGAACAUUCACAAAAGCGUCAGGCUUUUUGGCAUACUAUGAGAUUUGUGACAUGCUAAAAGCGGGUGGUACCGUUGUACGCGAUGAAGCCCUACAGUCGCCAUAUGCCUAUAUAGGAAAUCAAUGGGUCGGGUAUGAUGAUACACAGAGUAUUGCGCGAAAGACACAAUGGAUUAAAGACAAUCGUUAUGGUGGUGUUAUCGUAUGGGCAAUCGACCUCGACGACUUUAGCGCCAUCCAUUGUGAUGAAGGACCAUACCCACUACUGAGUGCAAUCAAAUCAGGCCUGGAGAGUGGUGAUUCCGUCAUUACCUCCAAAGCUCCACAAUCAACAGCUCAAAUAACUACCAAACAACACCAGCCAACGACAACACAAAGUGAAACACAAACACCAUACAGUCAAGCGAGGACAACUAAAAAAGAACAUGCAACCGUCCUACCAGAAGCAACUGGAAAACAGAAAGCAACGACAAAACCUGAAACGACUGACCAAAAAGCAACCAAUAUGCCAGAAGUUACCGAAAAACCAGAAGCAAUUACCUACAAACUAGAAGCAACCGAUCAGCCAGAAGUAACGGAAAAACCAGAAACAACAGACCAAGAAACAACCCACCAACCAGAAGCAACCACAAAACCAGAAGCAACUUACAAACCUGAAGCAUCUACCAAACCAGUAGCAAGCAAGCAACCAAACGCAACAGACGAACCCAAAAGAACCACCUUACAAAAAGAAGUAGUGACGACGAAACAGCAAACAUAUCAACCACAACCUGCUACAACUCAGCAAGAUGCCACCGAAAAAAAGCAUAAUACUGAAGCUCAGCCGUCAACAACAUCAGCUGGCAGUGACGUGUUCAGAUGUACUGGUCGAGUAUCAGGCUUGUAUGCAGAUCCUCACGACUGUACAAAAUAUUAUCAGUGCCAAACGCAGAUGUCGUCUGGCUCGUGCGGCAGCCUCUACUUUGACGAAUCAAGCAGCUCUUGCGAUUAUCCGGCAAAUAUUAAUUGCACUGUGGAUACAGCAGACAACACGUUCACAUGUUACGACAAACCUUUGGGUCAGUUUUUCUACACAGACCCUGUGGACUGCACUCGAUAUUAUACUUGCUACAGGAUCGAAUCACACAGAACAUGCUCAUCUGGCUUAGUUUUCAAUAGCCGUAUAGCAAACUGUGACUGGAAGCAAAAUGUUAUGGAAUGUUCCAACGAUAGAAGUGACAACAAUAAUAGUAACGAGAACGAAAUGGGUUUUACUUGUAGUGGAAAGGGUGAUGGUCGUUUUGCAGACCCGUUUUCCUGCUCUAUGUUUUACGAGUGUUCGCACGGAAAUAAAUACCACACUAGUUGUUCAGCUGGCACAGUUUUUAACCCACUCACGACGAACUGUGAUUGGCCACGCAAUGUUCCGGGUUGUAGUACAUGAUAGUAGUUCAUAACAUCGCAUUAAGUUUGUUAAUUAUAUAAAUUAUAUGGAGCUGGAUAUCCAUUGAUUAUAACAAUAAAGCAAAAUGUACAUUUAGUUAUUAUAACCGAUGACUGAUAGGCGUGUGUAGUAGGAAGCUCAAUAACUGUCCUACUAAUUAGAUUCAAUUGUUUGAUAUGUUUAAACAUAUUUAGUUUAGUUUAGUCUUCUUUCCGAAUCACUUUUGCUUUAGUGGCGCUCUCACAUUGAUGGUACAUCCAAAGAAAA